AUGGCUUCCUCCGAUCUCGAAGCUGCCACCGCGCUGAAGGUGCAGGGAAACAAGGCCUUUGCCGAGCACGAAUGGCCCACAGCAGUGGACUUCUACACUCAGGCGAUCGAGAAAUAUGAUCGCGAACCCUCGUUCUUCAGUAACCGGGCCCAGUGUCAUAUCAAACUCGAGGCCUACGGCUUUGCGGUGGCGGAUGCUACCAAGGCCUUGGAAUUGGACCCCUCCUACACCAAGGCCUACUGGCGACGAGCCCUUGCGAACACGGCCAUCCUAAACUACCGCGAUGCUCUAAAAGACUUCAAGGCCGUUGUGAAGAGGGAGCCGAACAACCGCGAUGCGAAGAUUAAGUUGACGGAUUGCGAGAAGCUCGUGCGUCGGGUGCAGUUCGAGAAGGCCAUUGAAGUCGGUGACCCGCCGUCGGCUUUUGAGAACCUGGAUAUCGAUUCGAUGGCGGUAGACGCCAGCUACGACGGUGUGCGAUUGGAAAACAACGAGAUGACGCAGGAGUUUAUCGACGACAUGAUUGAACGGUUCAAGAACGGCAAGAAGAUCCACCGCAAGUACGCUUUCCAGAUCGUCAAGGCCGUCAAGGAUCUCGUGUACGCCGAGCCCACGAUGGUCGAGGUUGGCGUGGACCAAGGCAAGCGGUUGACGGUUUGCGGUGAUACGCACGGUCAGUUCUUCGACUUGCUGGAGAUCUUCCGAUUGAACGGCUACCCGACCGACACGCAUGCUUAUCUCUUCAACGGUGAUUUCGUGGAUCGUGGGUCGUGGUCCACGGAGAUUGCCUUGCUCCUGUACGCCUACAAGUGGCUGCGGCCCAAUGGCAUCUUCCUGAACCGCGGAAACCACGAAACGGACGACAUGAACAAGGUCUACGGCUUCGAGGGCGAGUGCAAGGCCAAGUACAACGAGACGGUGUUCAAGGUGUUCUCCGAGUCAUUCUCCGCCCUACCGCUGGCCACCUUGAUCGGCAACAAAUAUCUGGUUUUACAUGGCGGUCUCUUCUCCGACGACAAGAUCACCCUGGACGACAUCCGGAAGUUGAACCGCCACAAUCAGCGACAGCCUGGUCAGCAGGGUCUCAUGAUGGAGAUGCUGUGGACCGACCCGCAGACGGAGCCUGGUCGCGGACCCAGCAAGCGUGGUGUCGGUCUUCAGUUCGGACCCGACAUCACGAAGCGAUUUUGCGAAAACAACGGCCUGGAAGCGAUUAUCCGUUCCCACGAGGUUCGUAUGGACGGUUACGAGGUCGAGCACGAUGGCCGCUGCAUCACCGUGUUCUCCGCUCCCAAGUACUGCGACACCACGGAGAACAAGGGUGCCUUCAUCAAGAUCGGACCGGAGCUCAAGCUGGAAUAUCAGGUGUUUGAGGCGGUGCCUCACCCGGAUAUCAAGCCGAUGGCGUACGUGCAAAACUCGAUCAUGUCCUCCAUGAUUGUUGAAACCCCCACCAACUCAGCUCAAACUCACCCCGCCUUUUUUUUUCCCUCUCCGUCAGCGCAAUACCUCACCUCCGACAAGUCGAGUUUCGCCUCGGUCUCGGCCCACGAGCGGUGGCCUGUCAUUGUGACUGGUGCCAUUGAUGAUCUUCAUCGCACCGUUGGUGAUGUCACCGACGAUGAGAAGCGCAAGGAGGGAAAGGCGAUCAUCGAGAAGUUGGCCGCCUUGAAAUAUGAGAUUCAGCAUAACAGACAGUUGACCCCUCUGGUCGACGACGGCGAAUCCGACAUUGCCGACUACAACAAGGAGUUGGAACAGCGAGGGAACCCGUCAUGGCUUCAUGUUCCGUGGCUGUACUCCGAAUGCUACCUCUACCGACGGAUCAGCACCUUUUUCGCAUUGUCCAAGCACUGGAAGGGCUACGAUGUCUUUUCUCGCCAGAAGAUGUCGACCUUCAAGUCUUCGCGACCGGCCGUUCUAGAACUCGCUGCCCGGUACAAGGAGCUGGCUUUGGAGGCGGAGAAGGGCGAGGGCGUGGAUGGCAAGACGCCCGAGCAGAUCGAGCAAGCGGACCGAGUGCUUUUCUCUGAGAUGUGCGAGAUUUGUUUGUGGGGAAACGCUACGGACCUGUCGCUGUUGACCUCGCUCACCUACGAGGACAUUCAAAAGCUGCAGGGUUCCCAGGCCCGAAAAGCUGCCGAGAAGAAUAUCAUUGUCAACGACCUCAGCAAGGCCUUUGACGUGUUGCAGAAGGCUCGCAAGGAACGCAAAUCAGAGGAGCGUCGCGUCGACAUCGUCCUGGACAACUCUGGAUUUGAGCUCUUCGUCGACCUCAUCCUGGCCGGAUACCUUCUCUCCGCUGGUUUGGCAACGACCGUGGUGCUGCACCCCAAGCUGAUCCCCUGGUUCGUGUCGGACGUGACGCCGCCCGACUUCAAGGAUCUUAUUGACGCCCUCUCCGACGCGCAAGGGUUUUACACGGCGGCCGACGACUCCGGUAAAACGUACGAUCCCUUGUCCGAGAAGGAACUGUCCGAGGUGAACUUCCUCUUCGAACAAUGGAGCCAGCUUCACCAGGACGGCAAGCUGAUUAUCCGCCCGCACAUCUUCUGGACGACGCCAGGUGGCUACUGGCGUCUGCCUCAUGUGGCCUCCGACUUGCAUGAGGAUCUCAAGGAGAGCGAGCUUGUCCUGUUCAAGGGUGACCUCAACUACCGCAAGCUGACCAACGAUGCCGCAUGGAACCCCACCACCCCCUUCACGACGGCCAUCGGCCCUCUAGGCCCGAAGUCCGGCGUCCGCGUCCUCGCCUUCCGUACCUGCAAAGCCGACACUGUCGUCGGUCUGCCCGAAGGUGAAGACGAGCGUCUCCGUCAACUCCCCGGCGGUGGCGGCUCCGAGGCUCGGAAGUGGGCUUGGAGUGGCAAGUGGGCCGUGGUUUCGUUCAGCGAUGGCAAGGCAUAA